CCCUAACACGCCCACACCACCACAGAACAGUAUGGUCAAAACAGUAGCAGUGAUAGGCGCUGGAUGCACGGGUCUCACAGCCAUCAAAAGCUGCCUGGAUGAGGGCCUACUUCCAGAGUGCUUCGAGUCAUCAGCUGAUAUCGGCGGCCUCUGGAGAUUUUCCGAUGACGUCACAGAGGGGCGUGGCAGUGUGAUGAAAACAACCGUCAUCAACACCAGUAAAGAGAUGAUGGCGUUCAGUGACUUCCCCCCACCCAAGGAAUACCCGAACUUCAUGCACCACACCAAAGUGUUGGAGUACUUUCGCGUGUACGCUGAGCGGUUCGAUCUUGCUCCACACAUCUCUUUCCACACUGAAGUUAUCAAAGUAUUCCGAGCUCAAGAAGCAGACUCGGGGUCUACCCGCAGCCCUGUGCAAACAACGAAACGCCUCAAGGAUCCUAACACUAUUUCCCUGAAGACACCGGGAAAGAUACCCUCUAGCAGUAUCGACAUGACGUUGUCGGAACUGUCAAGAGUCGACAGUGUACGUGGAGGUGGUAACAACGACCCAACCAGAGAGACGCAGAACUGUCUGAACAAAUCACCGGCGACCCAUGAAGCCAUGUCUACCGCAAGUGCUGCCGGGAAGACCUGGGUGGUCCAGACAAGAGACACCAGGACAGGGGAGAUAACGACUCAUGCCUUUGACUUCGUGCUUAUCUGUACAGGUCACCACGCACAGAUUCAUCGCCCUGUUCUCAGAGGUGAGGAGACUUUCCGUGGCCGUGUGGUCCACUCUCGUGACGUACGGCAUGUCGGGGACCUGAGAGGAAGGCGUCACGUGGUCGUCGGGGUGGGAAACUCUGGUUGCGACGUCGCCGUGGAGCUUAGCCGGUUUGGGAAGGUUUACCUAAGCACCCGUCGCGGUAUGUGGUUGAUGAGCCGACUGAGAGGUGCGGGUCUCCCGGCAGAUAUCGCCUUCACCAACAGGCUGGUGUUUGCCACGGCCUUCAGUCUUCCCAACGCUCUGCUCAACACACUGGUCAGCUGGGAUCUUAAUCGACACCUGGAUCACGACAUGUAUGCUCUCAGACCGGACCACGGACCAAUCAGCACUCACCCAACAGUCAAUGACGAGCUGCCCAAUCGGAUCGCCGCUGGUCACGUGUCUGUCAAGACGAACAUCGAAUCAUUGACGGAAACAGGAGUCCGAUUUGAGGAUGGCACAGUUGAAGACAACGUUGAUAACAUUAUCUUGGCCACUGGGUACAAGAUAAGCUUUCCUUUUCUGGACCAAUCAGAGCUGCGUGUUGAGGGAAACCACGCCUCCUUGUUCCUCUACAUGUUCCCACCGUCAGAAGCUCCGCCCACCCUUGCCGUGAUUGGUUGUGUCCAGCCAGGCGGCGCGUUAGGUCCGGUGUCCGAGAUGCAGUGUCGUGUCGCCACCAGAGUCUUCAGGCUGGAGAGCAGCGGUCAACGAGAGCUCUUGUUGCGUGACCCAGUGUUACUGUAUCGAUGCGUUUGUGGGCCGUGCUCUCCAUAUCAAUACCGACUCACCGGUCCGGGGGCGUGGUCAGGGGCAAGGGACGCAAUCAUCACACAAAUGGACAGAGUUACCUUCCCUUUGGCAACCAGGAAAUGCUCUUCCCCGGCAAAAGAGAAUAGUGAAGAGCUACAGAAGGUGGCUGUUCUCUGGGGCUGGUUCACAUUGACCUUAGAAUAUAUCUCGGAUCUCAAGUUUGACGUGUAUAUUUUGAUGUUUUAUCCUGUUGUGGUUGAAGCUAAGUCUUAA